AGAAGGUCUCGAGCCGUCGCAGCACGAUGGGAAGAACCAGUCUGGUCCUCGGCUUCAUCGUGGCGGCGUGUUUCUCUGGCAUCGCUGCUCAGAUUAAAGGUUGUGAAAAAGCCAACAUGGCCGACAUCGUCAUCCUAGUUGACGGUUCCUCCAGCAUCAGCCCCGGGAACUUCCAGGAGGUCCGGUCUUUCCUCCGCAACUUCAUCAAGGACCUCGACAUCGGGUCCAACAAAGUUCGGAUCGGCUUGGCCCAGUACAGCGAUGAGCCCCAAACAGAGUUCCUGCUGAAGGACCACUCCGACAAGAGGUCUCUGCUGGCCGCCGUGGAGAGAAUCCAGCUCCUAGGAGGGGGAGUCACUGAGACCGGCAAAGCCAUCGACUUCCUCCAGAAGCAGUUCUUCACCAAGGAGGCGGGAAGCCGAGCUGAUCAACGGGUGCCUCAGGUCGCUGUCGUCAUCACGGCUGAGGACUCCACUGAUAACGAAGGAGAAGCAAACGUGAAGGCACCGGCCCAGAAGCUCAGGCAGGACGGGGUCAUGGUGUUCGGCGUCGGGGUGGGAGGCGCCAACCGGAAGCAGCUUGAGUCCAUCGCCAACUACCCCCCAGAUCGCUUCAUGCACUCAUUCGACAGCUACCAGGCUCUGCAGAGGCGGACUGAAGAGCUGCUGGAUUUGGUCUGUCGCUCUGUGGUGGAGCAAAAGGAAGGUAAGGCAACGGAUGGCAGGACACGUUAUAGAGGUGCAUAGUUAAUAUCACAAGAAUAGAAAACAACU